AGAUAAAAUCCAUAGCUAUGAGCCGGAAUUGAGAUGUCUACUGUAUUGUUUACUUAUAUCUGAUAAUUAUCGGAUAAGUGUCAUUGAACAAUCACAUAAAAUUACAAAGGACAAAAUCAGACAGAGGUAUUUCCCUUGUAUUAGUGAUGACGGCUUGGAAGAUUUUCCUGAUGAAAUCACAGAAACACGUGACAGGGUGAGAACCUUUAUAUCAGAGGAGGACCGACAUGACGUCAUGUACGCCUUUGUUACGGAGUGUCUGGUGAAGGACAGUGAUCUGGAGUUUUUCCUGACCACGGCGUCACGUGACGUGAUAUAUGAAUAUUGCAGACACUGGGAUUAUAAGAGAGAUGAGGGAGAGAGAUGUCUGUAUAUACCGGACUGGCCGGGGGAGAUGUACGACCUCUUCAUAGACAAACUACAGCUGGAUAUCAUCACACACUGUACAAUGUCUGACAGGUGGAUUCAUUACAGGAUCAGUAAAUGUUUAGAAGUCCCUACUGAAGUACUAAAAUGGGACCAGAAGGCCAGAGAGAGGUAUGUGGAGUACGCUAGGAGAGGAACACAGACAGUCCACCACGCCCGGGGGAUGAUUGUAGGAUGUGCUGGGGCGGGCAAAACCACGCUACUUAAACGUCUGCUUGGUUGUAGUGAAGAAGAGAUUAAGAAAGUAAAGUCUACUGAGGGAUUGGAGGUGCAUGAGGAGAUAUUCGAUAUAUGUAAUGAAACAAAAUCAUUUAAAGCAAGAAGUAUCAACAAAGGCGAUUUAUAUGAGGAAAGAUCUGCUACCCAUAUGGACUCAAAGACCUUGACAUUCUUUGACUUUGGAGGACAGUGUGCGUACUACGCCUGUCACCAGAUUUACCUGACCAAGAGAGCUUUCUAUGUUGUGGUGGUGGACGCCUCUAAACGUCUUGACCAGAAGGUGGAUAAGGAAGUGUGUGAUCAAGAUGGAAGUGUGUUCUCUGAAUGGACAUAUGGAGACUAUUUUGUUUUCUGGAUAAAGUCUAUACACACCUACUGUGGACCUGACAAUGAAAAUGACGCAAAGCCUGUAGUUCUCAUUGUAGCAACUCACUGGGAAGAAGGAAACAAACAGUUUAAGGACAAAGAUGUCCUCAUGGAGAGCCUGCGACUUCAGUUUCCAAAAUCCUCAUAUUUACCACAGUACAUCAUAAAAGAUAACUGUUUUUGUACUCAGCUGUCUGUAUCGCUUGAAGAUUUAGAAAGACGCUUAUUCGACAUAGCCUCUCAACAGCAAUGGAAAGAAACUAUUCCAAAAGAAUGGUCUUUCUUUGAAAUAGAAAUAAGUCAGACAAAACAUUCAAAACGAAUUAUUAAAAUUUCUGAUAUUUUGACUAAAACACCAAAUAAUUCUUCUGAAUUAAACAGAAGUGCAACCAGAGAAUUGGAUGAAAAUAAAGAUAUGCUUAGAUACUUUCAUGAUGCUGGUAAAGUUCUUCAUUUUGAGGAAAAGGGUCUGACUGAAAGUGUAAUUAUCGAUGUUCAGUGGUUUGUUGAUUCCUUCAAACAUAUCAUCACAGACAAGUUACAUUUUGAAGGUAUCCCUGUGACCGGGAAGGACUGGGAGGAAUAUUAUAAAACUGGAAAUUUGAAAAACGAGUUACUCAUAGAGAUAUGGAAACAUAAGGACAGAGAGUUGUUUGAAAGGUUAAAGAAGGAAAACAAAAUAUACGAAAUUAGAUAUGGUUCAUUCAAGAGGGAUGAAAGAUAUCUAGAGCAUCAUGAAAAAUCACUUCUUAAUUUCAUGCAAAGACUUGGCUUGCUGGCAGUUGGAGAGAAGUCGCACUAUGUUCCAUGUAUGAACCGGAAAGAAAUGGAGGCAUCUAUUACAGAUUUGAUUCAAAGUUCAGAGAGUAAAACAUCUGUUCUCAUUUAUCAGUUUCCUUUUUUGCCUUUCUUCUUGUUUUACCGCCUUAUUGUCGCUUGUGUACAAGAUGGUUGGAUGGUACUUGAAACGGAUGGAACCUCAAGCCUUUACAGAAACGUAGCAUUGUUCUCAGUUCUUGACUAUCAUGUAAUUCUAUCCGUCACAGAAGAAUCUAUACAGCUUCAAGUCUUUCAUCCAAAUGAAGGCUGUAUCCUUGAGAGACAUAAAACAGAGAGGAUUCAAGAAAAAGUAGAAAAUAUAUUAAAUGAUUGUGCUUUAAAACGCCUCCGGCAACCAUGGUUUGUAAAAGGCUUUAGGUGCCGGAUGGAUAAUACUAAAGCCAUUGCCAUGGAUAUCACAGAUCAUUUCCUGUCCCAGGACAGAAUUUCAAAAGAUGUCGAAAAAAUCAUUUGUCCUUUGCAUUCCCUUAUUGAUAAGCAUUAUAUCAAUACAAAUGAAUUGACAAGGUAUUGGAAAUUGGAGAUGUAA